UCUGCCGCCCAUUACUCUCACUGCACUCUCAUACCCUUCAGCGCACCAACACAGCAAUGCCCAUUAGUUCCCAAGCUCUGGUUUUUGUCUUUGGCCUUUUAGGCAAUGUCAUCUCCUUUAUGGUCUUCCUAGCUCCACUGCCAACAUUUUACAAGAUAUACAAGAAGAAGUCGGCGGAAGGGUACCAGUCCUUGCCUUACGUGGUUGCACUGGUCAGUGCCAUGCUUUGGAUUUACUAUGCUCUUCUCAAAACCAACGCCACCUUUCUUAUUACCAUCAACUCCUUUGGCUGUCUCAUUGAGACCCUUUACAUCUUCCUCUUUAUAUUUUACGCUCCAACAAAGUUAAGGUUCCAAACGGCGAGGCUGCUAGUGCUGUUGAAUGUGUUGGGGUUCGGGGUGAUGCUGGCUUUGACUCUUGUGUUAGCCAAAGGAGAGAGGCGUCUUAAAGUUCUUGGGUGGAUAUGUUUGGUGUUUAAUCUCACCGUCUUUGCUGCACCCCUUUUCAUCAUGGGGAAAGUGAUAAAGACCAAGAGCGUGGAGUACAUGCCGUUCGCGCUAUCAUUCUUUCUCACUCUGAAUGCAGUGAUGUGGUUCUUUUAUGGCCUUCUUCUCAAAGACUAUUACAUAGCGCUACCGAACGUGGUCGGGUUCGUGUUCGGUAUAAUUCAGAUGAUCCUGUUCAUGAUAUUCAAGAAUGCGAAGAAAAGCAUCCCAAUAAAAGAAGAGCCAAAGCCACAGCUUCACCAACUGUCAGAACAAAUAAUGGACGUCGUAAAACUUGGGACUAUGGUUUGCACUGAACUAAGCCCCGUCGCCGUUCUUCAGCCAAACAUGGAGGUGGUGGUGGAAGCCGUCAUCGACAAUAUCCAAAACAAGCAACAGCUAAUUAAAUAACUAGCUACUAGUGUGUACUCUGAAUUGUUUGUGGUUUUGGAAGGCUAAGUAGUGAGUUAGUUUUUGCUUAAUCAGUAUAAUUAGUGUAGUAAACAAUAUCGUCGUGUCGGUGGCAGUAAGCCACAAGAGCGAGCUUUGAUUAAGCCCGAUGAUGUUGUUUGUAAUCAUAUCUCUGACUUAUAUAUAUUUCUCUUUGACCACGCA